AUGGCGGCCGUAGCCGCAGGCUCAAUCCCGUUAAUGCUCCGUCUCUCCUACCUGUCCACCCCAAUUAUCAUCGACAUGGGCACAACACACGACGGCCUCCUCCGCCUAAUCCAGGGCGAGAUCGAGAUUCGAAUGCCUCAACUGACGGAAGACUUUACCUUUGACGGACUCGAAAUUAUGUGGGAUCAGACGGUGCCCGGGGGCGUGUUCCCUGCAUCGUCGCCGCUCGAUCAAUACAACUUGCAAGCGACGCUGGCGCUGCUACGGACAAGGCAGGGGAGGGAUGCAAUGGGCUUGAAGAUUACGCCUUGCAAGGGAGCGGUUAUGAGCCUUGUUUGA